AAUCUCAAAGGGCAACUUAAACCACAAACUACAUUAAUUCCUCUGAGAUUUCUCUUUGAUAGAAACAAAAGGGGGAAAAGAUGCAAAAAUGAUGGACAGUUUUAGUUCUAUGUAACCCAAAUUUAAGGAUAAAACAGGUCUAAAAACUGAACAUUUAGAAACAUCUCUAGUGGAGACGAGGGGAAAAAUGUGCAAAUGGGAGAUUGAGCCAAAUAAAUCUAUUGAAUUGGUUUUUUGUUUUUUUUUUAUCUUCAGGUAAAAUUCUCUUCUACAAAAAUUAUGUAGAUAAACAAGAUUACUCUUGUAACUAAGUCAUUCUUUUCAUUAUAUAUAUAUUAAAGAAUUAUAUAUUGUUUUAUUAAAAAUAAACACUUAUUAUUAUACUCCUUUACGAUGCACACUAGCGAGUGGCUAACUUUGCUUAACUGAGAUAAAAGUUAAGCAAAGUGUUUUUUUUAUCCUUUUUUAACUUUAGUAAAAAUGGAUACAACACAAGAGACAGUAGAAUAAAUUAAAAAAAUAAUUUAUUGUAGAAUUAAAAGACAUGUUGAACAAAAAUGCCUGUUUUCAGCUGAAAUUUAUCACAAUGGGACAAUUUUAAAUGAAACGUCCAAAUUUAAUGAUGGGUGAAGGAUUUUUAAUUUACAAAAUGCUUCUUUUGAUGAUAAACAGAUGAUUGCUUUCAGUUUAAUUUACUGUAAAUUUCUAAAAGCAGUGAUUUCUUCCUGAAAGUUAAGAAUGUAGCUACUGUCUUUCUAAAUACGGUACAUUUUGUUCAAAUUCAGAUUUAUGGUUAAUCAACAGAACUGAAAAACUGAUUUUUGUCAUAAUUCUUCACAGCUCAAGUUUUACUUCUGUAUUUCUUUUCCACAUUGAUGCAAAAGGAGAGUCCAGCCUAAUCGACUCACUUCUGCUGGCAAACUACUUCUCCUUCACGUGAAUCCAUGAAUCUUUCUGUUUCAGCCAAGAUGGCCGACCAAAGAGAGCCGCUCAUACCUAAACCGCCUCCAGGCGCGUCUUCGCCUCCGCCGUAUUCCUACCACGACCAGCCGCCUCCAGCUUACUCCGCGGCCCCGGUCGGGUACGGUCCGUGCCAAAGUGAGGCCGUCGUCAGCGGAUACCAGUCUUUCCAAGACAUAAACCCAGAGAUCGCAUCGGACACGACUAUCUCUGUGUCGUUGUCGUUUGAUGACGAAACCGUGAGGAGAGGUUUUGCUAGAAAGGUGUUUAGCAUCCUGACGCUCCAGCUGCUGUUCACCUUUAGCGUCGUCUGCGUGUUCACCUUCUCCAGCGUCGUGAAGGAGGCCGUGCAGAACAACUUGUGGGCCUACCUCAGCUCCUUCAUCGUCUUCAUCGUGGUGGCCUUCACCCUCAGCUGCUGUCGGUCCUUCAGCCGGCGUCACCCCUGGAACCUCGUGGGGCUGGUUAUCGUCACCCUAAGUCUGUCUUACAUGGUGGGGACCGUCGCCUCCUUCCACAACACCACCGCUGUCGUCAUCACCAUGGCGGUGACGCUGGUCAUCUCUCUUGCCAUUAUCGUCUUCGCAUCACAGACUCGUUAUGAUUUCACUAUCUAUUACGGUGUCCUAUUGAUCAUGGCUGUAGAUGUCAUCAUGUUUGGGUUCAUCUGCACCUUCUACUACUCCCAUGUCGCCAGCAUCAUUUAUGGGUGUCUUGGAGCGCUGCUGUAUUCUCUGUUCCUGCUGGUCGACUGUCAGCUGAUGAUGGGAAAGAUGAGCUACCGGCUGAAUCCGGAGGAAUACGUCAACGCUGCUCUCACCAUCUACCUGGACAUAAUCCUCAUCUUCCUCUACCUGCUGGGGAGGAGGUGAUGCUGUGUAAAAACACUACCUAAACUGAAAUAACAAGCAUUAUAAUGUAUAUAACUCAGCAGAACAAUACAAUUUUCCCAGUUUUUUUAUUUACACCAAGAAAUAAACAUCACAAUUGAUUAUUUUGCAUUGUUAUGCUGUAUUUUAUUGCAUCCAUAUUGUCUAGAGCAGUUCUUUACUGCAUUUUAUCACAGAGGUUACAUGUGUUUUAGAGAAUGAGCAAAAAAA